GCUCCAAACCAUCUGCUGUAACAUAGACGUUUUACUCCUUUAGCUUUUGACUGGUUUUAAAAUAUAUAAUCCUAUGACAUUAACGGACAAUCAUGUCUGAAGAGGAAACUAAGGCUUCCGAUGAACUUUUCAAAGAUGUCAAAUUCUACGUGGUAGGGGACAUUGACCAAAAGGUGGUGCAGCUACUGAAAGCAGGGAAAGGGAAGGAGGUGUCUUACAAUGCUCUGGCCACUCACAUCAUUGCAGAGGAUGGGGACAACCCAGAGGUGGGCGAAUCAAGGGAGGUUUUUGACCUGCCUGUUGUCAAGCCAUCCUGGGUGAUCCUCUCAGUCAGAUGUGGAGACCUGUUACCAGUAACUGGAUUCUCCCCAGAGUCAGGACAGAUAUUCUUUGGUGUAACAGCUUGUCUUCCCAGGCUUCCAGAUGAUCUCAAUGCUUUGUGGGCUUACAUAACCUUUUAUGGAGGGGAAUGUCAGCUUAACCUCAACAAGAAGGUUACCCACUUAGUGGUGAAGGAGCCAAAGGGGGCCAAGUUUGAGUGUGCUCUGAAACACCCUGGCAUCAAGAUCGUCACUCCAGACUGGAUAACAGAUUCUGUUCAAGACAAAAGCAGGAAGGAUGAGGCGCUCUAUCACCCCAGACUCACGUAUGUGGAGCCUGAGGAAGAGGAGGAGAGUGAAGCAGAGUCAUAUGACCAGCACUCCCAUUCAGAUGGAAGCUACAGCCCCCGGCGAUCCCGGCUGUCCAGCGGUGGCUCGUCUGGUGAGGAGUCCAGCCCCCGCCGACGACCGGGACCCAAGAAACUGAACUCUGUCUCCCCGACCUCCCCCCGCAAACCUGAGCGCCGCAGUGAGCGCAUGUUUGAUGACUCUGACGAUGACUCCUCCACGGAGAAAGAGGGCACUAACCUCAACUGGACGCCGGCUGAAGUCGCCACGCCAACGGCCCCUAUUCCGACUGGCACAUCAAGACGGCGGGGUGGGUCACCUGGCAGCAAAGACCCAGUGUCAUCUACAGGCAGUGGGCUGAUAAACCUGUGCGCCACUGUGCCUCCUGCACCCGGCAGUGGAGGAGCCAUGCCUGCAGAGGCUCGCUCUGCUGCUGCUGCCAUCAGUCACACCACACAACAAGGUGCAUCAGUUCCAGAGGGCAUCCCUGGGUGGAGCCCAGCUGCUAGAACGCUCCGCAACAUCACCAACAACUCUGACAUGCAGCCAGCCAAUCGACCUGCCAAUGUAGCACAUAUCAUUCAGAAUCUGACAGCCAAUCAGACAAAACCACUGGAGCAGCAGAGCAGUCAGAGCCAUGCUCAGACCUCCAACAGUACCAACCCGCUUCUGCUCAAUCAGUCCAAACUGGUUGGCCAGCCCCUCACAGCAGAGCAGCAUCAACAGUUACUGCAACAGUCACAGCAGGCUGCCCAGCAACAACACCAACAGUUACCACAGCAACCGCAGCAUCCCAUGAUGCACCUCCAGCAGCAGCAUCAGAUGAUGCAGCUACAUCACCAACAGCAACAACAUCAACAACAACAGUCACAGGUUGCACAACAACAAGGCUUCCCACAGUUGCCCCAACAACAGCAACAGUUUCUGCAGCAACAACAGCAAAUGCACCAACAGCAAAUGUUUUCACAGCCACAGCAGCAGCCACCGCAACAGCAGCAGCAACAUGCCUUCUCCCAGCAGCAGCUGCGGCCCCAGCAGCUCCUACGGCCGGGUUUGCAGCAGCUGCAGCAGCAACAGGCGCUGCAGCAACAGCUCCAGCAGUUCCAGCAGCAGCAACGCAUGCAGAUGUUGCAACAGCAGCAACAGCAAAAUCAGCAGCAGCUGCAUCUACAGCAGCAGCAGCAACAGCAACAGCAGCAUUUCCUACAACAACAGCAACACAUGCAGCAGAUGCAGCAGCACCUGCAGAAUCAGCAGCAGCAGGCUCUGCAGCACCAGAAUCAACAGGCCCUGCAGCAGCAGCAGCAGCAGCAGCAGACAACGCUGCAGCCUCAGCUCCAGCAGCCUCCUCACAUCUCCCAGCUGUUUGGUCACGAGCCUGGACAAGACAUUCCACAGGAUGGCUUCCUGCUGGGCUGUGUGUUUGCAAUUGCUGACUACCCAGAGCAGAUGGCUGACAAACAACUCCUGGCCACAUGGAAGAGGGUGAUCCAGGCAUGUGGGGGCGCUGUUGACCCCACCCUGACCAGCCGGUGUACACACCUGCUGUGUGAGAGUCAAGUUAGCAACAUGUAUGUACAGGCGCUCAGAGAGGGGAAGCGCUGUGUGACAGCCCACUGGCUCAACACUGUACUGAAGAGGAAGAGGAUGGUUCCUCCUCAUCGGACGUUACAUCUGCCCUUCGCGUUCCCUCCUGGAGCAAAGCCUUGCUCUCAGCAUAUUAUAUCAGUGACAGGUUUUGUGGACGCUGACAGGGAUGACCUGAAGUUGAUGGCCUACCUGGCUGGUGCCAGAUACACCGGAUAUCUGUGUCGCAGUAACACUGUCCUCAUCUGUAAAGAACCCAGUGGGCUGAAAUAUGAGAAAGCCAAGGAGUGGAAGAUCCCGUGUGUGAAUGCCCAGUGGCUGUGUGAUAUACUGCUGGGCAACUUUGAAGCACUGAGACAAAGUCAGCACAGCAGAUACUCCAUCUACACACACCCUGAACCACUCGCACCAAACCCACAGCUGGUCCAGAACCUGCUGGCUGCUUGGAGAACUCCGGUCAAAGUAUCUCCUGAAGCUUUGGCGAGUCUCCAGCUGCUCCAGAAACAGAAGAUGACAGACUCCAGCAACCAGCCUGCAAACAAGAAGGCCAGACUGGAGGAGAUCCAGUCCCCCAGUAAGAAGCUUCCUCCAGAGUCCACUCCUCGAGUCAUGUUCACAGGCUUUGAGCCUGCACAAGUUCAGCAGUACACAAAGAGGUUACAUGCUUUGGGUGGUGAAGUAGCAGACAGCAGUCAGAAAGUCACUCACCUAGUGGCCAGUAAGGUGACUCGCACCGUCAAGUUCCUCACUGCCAUGUCUGUGGUCAAACACAUUGUCAGCCCGGAGUGGCUGGAGGAGAGCUGGAGGAGCCAGAAGUUUGUGGAUGAACAGAGUUACAUUCUGAGGGACGCAGAGGCAGAGGUGUUGUUUGGCUUCAGUCUGGAGGAGUCGUUAAAGAGAGCCAACAGUGCACCGCUCUUCAAGGGAAAGUACUUCUACCUCACCCCAGGGAUCUGCCCCAGCCUCAGCACCAUGAAGUCCAUCCUGGAGAGUGCUGGAGGAAAGCUGCUGGCCAAACAGCCCUCCUACAGAAAGAUCAUGGAGCAUAAACAGAACAAGAACCUUCCAGAGAUAAUCUUAAUAUCCUGUGACAAUGACCUCCACCUCUGUAGAGAAUACUUCUUGAAAAACAUUGAUGUCCACAAUGCUGAGUUCAUCUUGACGGGAGUUCUCACCCAGAAACUCAACUAUGACUCGUAUAAGUUCACUUGAUGAUGAAGCACUGAUGACUUCAGGAGGGAGAAGAGGAGGACCUGAUCAGGAGGCCCCCUGUGUACAGUCCAGCCACACUAACUUUUCUAUGUUUUUAUUUCUGUGCAUAGAUUCCCAGUCAUUUUGUAGCUUUUUGUUACCUGUUUCAGAAUAAAUAAAUGGAUGUUAUUUUUGUGAAAUUAACGUUUAAAUUAUGGAAGAUUUUAACCUUUUUGCUGUUUUUCAAAUAGAUUGUGUAAAGGCUUCAGCUCAUACACGCUGCUUUUUGGAAUAAAGACUGUAUAUUUGU